CUUUGGACUUCCAGCGCAUGCAACAUGCAUAUAUAAAUUCAAAAGACUCUGAUUUUCAUCUCAAUCAGAUCAACUAAUUAGAACCCUAAACUCUGUACUCCUGCUGCUGCAGAUACAUAGAUAGAUAGAUUGAUAUAUAGCUCAAUUGUAAUUAUACCCUUUUCCAACAAUAGUUUGUGUGUGUGUGUGUGUGUCUAUAUAUAUAUAUAUAUAUUUGUGGGUUCGUUUCAUCAUGAUGCACACACUACUACUACUACUGCAUCAUGAGUAUUUGGUUUUAUGGUUUUCCUACUGCUGCUGCUGCUGCAAUAUGACUCUCCAGACCACACUUGACUACUUCCUCUUCCUCCUCCUCUUCUUCUUCUCCUCCUCCUCCUUUUUCUUCAAUCUCAGCUCAUGGAAGGCCUGCCCCUCACCCUGGCAUGAACUACUACUACUACUGCAGAAGAACAGCGCCCUUAAAGCCGCCGCCGCCAACUCCAACGCCAAGCCUACUACUUGUACUAAUGCAAAACGCGAGGAUGAGGAGGAGGACGAUGGUAAGUACUUGUCCAGAACAGAAGUUGAGGCGGUGAUGGGCAAAUUAGGAUUAAUCAAUAUGUGUUGCUCAUCAUCGUCAUCGUCAUCGUCAUCUGGAGCAGGAGAUGAUCAGGUGGGGCUGGCCCGGAGAAUAGGGUCGGAUGACAUAGCGGCUUUGUUUGAGGGGGAGGAGGAGGAGGAGGGGGUGAGCAUGGAAGAAGCAGAAGAAGCUUUCGGCGUGUUCGAUAGCAACUCGGAUGGUUUCAUCGACGCAAGUGAGUUGGAGAAAGUGCUUUCUGCCUUGGGCUUUGCUCAUGUUGCAAACGAAGCGGAUUGCCAAGCCAUGAUUCGAGCCUUCGAUGUGAAUGGUGAUGGAAGGGUCGAUUUUGCUGAAUUCAACACCUUGCUCUUUGAAACCCAAUCUUUUGAAAAUCAGACCGCACCGGCCUAUUAACUGUGUCACAUGUAAUUCGUCCGACCGGAUAAUGUAAUAUAUAUUUUAUAAUUAAAUAAUAUAUAUUAUAUUUAAAAUA